AAUAGUUUAUGGCCGUGACAAAUUGAUGAAUAUACGAAAUUGCUUUAUAACUUGAUUGGUAGAGGACAACAGAGGCACUCUUGACGAAAUAAUGUAAAUAGAAAAAUUGUCAGUUGGCCUUGGCACUUGGUGUUGACAGUUCAGCACUAGUCAGCACUUCAGCAACCACUAUUAACUAAUAAGCCCAUAAGGCACUAAAACUAAACAACGAGCUCGCGUAGUGAGGCAAAUUUCAAUCGUCAUUACGCAUUCGUGUCUCUCCCCUUCUGUUCAUCGUGUCCCCGACCACGACUCGACUAUCGCAAGUCGUCGCCUCGUCGGUACUCACUACUCACACUACUCUGUAGACUGUAGCCGCCAGUCGGUAUUGUUCAACUGUUCAGUUACAUUGAAAUUCUUCGUCGUUGACGUCAUCCCCUGACGGGAGGUGCGUAAACAACUUAUACUUUAUACAGUAUCAAUACAUUUUUUAAUAGGUAUUUACUAUUGCUAACCGUUCGUUCGUUUUUUCUUCCACUCAUUAUUUCGAUAAACUUAAUCUACUAUGACGAUGAUUCAUUGUUUCGUCACUCAGCUUCCGUUUGCUCCGUGCAUGGCUGUUAAGAUUCGCACUCUGUUUUUACGCCAAUAGUGCAUACAAUAUUUCCAAAGAUCGAUUCGUUUUUUCCUCGCAGUUCCAACACUAUUAAACCUAGUUAAAAUCACAAAUCGAUUCCACAAAAUUCACUUUGGACAAUGGCUUUGGAACCGGAAGAACACUUUAAGACGCCCGAAUGGGUUUCGAGGUUGGAGAAUAAACACAAAAAAUUUCAUAAAUUAGCUCAUGAAGUUGGAUCUGGUUCAAGUUGUUUAAAAUGUGGAGAUGCUUGUCCUGGCUUGGAUUUACAUUUUUGGCGAAAGGUGUGUAGGAAUUGUAAAUGUAAAAGGGAAGAACAUAACAUUGUAGAUGAAGAUCAGUAUAAACAGUUAGAUAUUUUAUUUAAUGAUUCAAAAUCAAAUUACCAACCAAUAAAAGCAGUGUUGAAUAUGAUUAUUAAACCCGAUGAUCAAUUCGUCAAAAAACUAGAAACUGAUCAAAAUCAAAAUGAAUUUAAAUUUGAUUGGGUCCCACCAAAUGUUCAUAAAGAUCUAGCUUCAGAAUACAUGCAGUUGUUACCAUCUGACAAAUUACCUAUUAGUGGUAGUGAAGGAGCUUUUUACAGACGCAAACAGCUUGAAAAACAGGUUCCUUUACAUGAUUUCAAUGCAAACGUCUGUCAUAAUCUUACCAUCGAAGAAGCUGAUGCUAUGGGUUCUUAUUUGAAAAAUUUAAAAGAGAAUGCUGUUGGUCAAGGCUUGGUCAAAAAACUUACCGAUAACACUCAUAAUCCAAUUCCAAUGUUUAAAAAUAUGAAUUUUACACCCAAACCAUUUAAAAAAACUUAUAACCAACAAUUUGAAGAAGAAUUUCCACCUCCUCCUCCGGAAAUUUUGUAUCCGUUAUCCAAUUCUGAAUUAAAGACACCAAGUACAUUUAUUGGGAUCAAAAGCUAUUCUGGAAGUAACAAACCAGAAGUCAAUAUUUUAGACACUGUAAAUAACAAUCCAGCUGAAUGUGACAGGCAAAUUAUUACUUCACAAUGGCCAACUUCAAACACUGCUGUAUCAGAAACUUUACCCCAACAACAGACAAGUUUCUCCUCGAAUAUUCAGAAUGAUAAUUACUCACCUACGCUGCGUGAUAAAGAUACUGGAGAAUCAUUAAAAAAUCCACUCCCAGAAGGUCCUAAUGCAUUCCCAACAUCUAAUGCUGAUAUAUGUAUAUUAUCAGACGGACAAGAGUUGCGUUGUAAGCAAUGUAAUAAGAAUGUUAUGCCAGGUCAAGUUGCUGUUAUGGCUGAACGCACUGGUAAAGAAGUAUUUUGGCAUCCAUCAUGUUUUGUUUGUGCUACAUGCGAGGAACUGUUAGUUGAUCUAGUAUACUUUUACUUCAAUGGGAAUGUUUAUUGUGGUAGACAUUAUGCAGAAAUCUUAAAUAUACCGCGAUGUAAUGCUUGUGAUGAAUUAAUAUUUUUGAAAGAGUAUACAAUUGCCGAGGAACAUACCUAUCAUGUUCGACAUUUUUGUUGUUUUGAAUGUGACAAACCAUUAGCUGGAUUAGAAUAUGUGUCAAUUGAAAAACAACCUGUGUGUUUGGAUUGCUAUCAAACAAAAUAUGGAAAAAAAUGCGAAACCUGUCAAAAUAUUAUAAUGGCUGGUGAUAAUAGGAUUGGUUGGCAAGAUUUGAGCUGGCAUGAGUCUCCAGCAUGUUUUAAAUGUUAUCAGUGUUACACAUCGCUUUUAGGAAAAAAGUUCACGGUUAAAAAGGAAAAGCGCCCCUUGUGUAGCAAAGAAUGUGUUAUGGCUUUUAACAACUCUACAGAACUUUAAUAUUGUGUUAUAUCACUUUAAGUAAAUACAAGGGAAUUCAUCAAGUA